AACGGAACAAGAGGGAUGAACGGUGCUGGGUUGGAGGAGGCGGGCAAGGGUGGCGGCGAGGUGAUGGCGGUGACGCUUGAGGAUCUCAGGAAGAAGAUGGGCGACUUCGCCAGGGAAAGGGGCUGGGAGCAGUUCCACAGCCCCAGGAACCUCCUCCUCGCUAUGGUGGGUGAGGUGGGGGAGCUCUCGGAGAUCUUCCAGUGGAAGGGGGAGGUGCCCAAGGGCCUGCCGGGGUGGGAGGCGAGGGAGACGGAGCACCUAGGCGAGGAGCUCGCUGACGUGCUCCUCUACCUCGUCCGCCUCUCCGACAUGUGCGGCGUCGACCUGGGCCGGGCCGCGCUGCGGAAGAUGGAGCUCAACGCGCUGAAGUAUCCCGCCGGGCAGUGCCGGGGUGCAGCCAAGAACUGCACCGACGACGAUUGUGACAAGGCCAGCGCCGGCGGUAGUGACGAGGCAGGUGCCAGCGGCGCCGGCGAGGAGCAUCCCUAGCAAUGGAUGAACCCUGAGACGUGCAAUGAGCUAUCCUUGGAUUAAAUGCAAGCCUGAUUUAUCAUGUGAUUGUGGCAAAAUCUGAAAUGUUUUCCAAGUUUAACAAUUGGACUUUGGUGGGUAUUAAAAGUUUAGCAACCGGCAUGGCGGCAGCGCCAAGUGGCAUCCGACCGCGGUCCCUGCCUUCCUCUCCCUCUCCCGCUCCCUCCUUCCUUUCUUGGCUUUCUCGUUUUCCCUUCAGAUCUGCAGUGUUCCUACUUCAUCGUGUGCUCCUAACUCGAGCUGGCCGCCGCUGGUAGCCGCUCCCAGAUGGACGGCGUGGGGGCCGGAGAGGACGGGGUCGGCACGGUGGACGUCGCGGCGUGUAUGUUCCCGGCGGGAUCUGCGUCAGCGCCGUGCAUAGGUGCGUCCUCCACGCCCGGGCUGUUGGGGCGGCGCUGGCACGUCUCUUCGUCAUCUCCGCUGUUGCCCCUGCCAGGCCGCCAUUAGCGCAGCUCAACUACGACGUGCUCGCGCUUGCGCCGUACACCAUGGGCCUCGUCUUGUACCACCCAUAUAUCCAAGAUCAGCAGCAAUGCAGCACCAGCUUCCAGGUGCCCAACUGCCCCAACAUUAGCAUCAACUACGACGCUUGAUGAACCCGUGCAAGCAGUAAUACGCCUCUGGAGAGAACGCCGGCCACUAGUUGAGCCAACUGCCGAGCUGAGGCACACUGCUGCAGUCCCACCGUUGCUCGAUCUCACACCGAGACGCUCCGGGCUGUCCAAGCAUCGUGUCGCCGCCUCUCUGGGCUGCGUGGCGCAUUUCAUCAAACACGUGACGUGCACAGCUUGUUGCUAUGUCCAGGCAUCAGAACCCCAUGUGCCUACGAUGAGACAUGGCGAACUGCAGCAAUGCUUGUACGAAAACGCAACGACGAACGGGAAAGGCGCUCGGCGGCUUGGCCGAGAUUGCUCGACAACUGGUGCGCGGAGCCGCCGCCCCCGCCGUGCUUGGACAAGACGCCGUUGGAGGCGAGCAGCCGAAGGAGGUGCUCCAGGAUGGAAGGUUCAGGUUAGCUCGCACGGAGGAGCUCGGUCGUGGAGAGCAGCAGCUCUGAGCAUGUGUCGGCGCUUGCUUCGUCAUUUGUGUCUGUGAGUCGUGGAAUGGGAGGCAACAGGAGAGCCUGCAUGCUGCUGGGACUCACUUG